CAACCGCGGGAAACUCGGUAACGAAAAGAGAUCACUACUCCCCAGUCUGUCCUGUGAAAUGUUACGUUAACCUCCGGGUGGAUGAGCUCUGAGAUGAACGGUCCGCGGAGAGUCAAACUGUUUCUUCUUUCGUGGUAUUCAGUCCUCCAGCUGCUGACAGCACAAGAAGCUCAGAGCCAACUGACAGAGACAGACGGAAGACUACAGAGGAGGGCUAAUGCACUGCGGAGGAAACGGGAUCUCCUAGGGGAGGAGACAUUCAGUCCUCUUCUCUCUGAAGCAGCUCUCCCUCGCAGUGUUCUACAUAAUUACACGGCCCGCGAUGCCUCCUCAGAGUACUGUGGCUGUCUGAAUGGGGGAUGGUGUCAGGAGGGGGGCGUGUGUGACUGUGCACAGUUCCAGGCCCUCGGAGACCGCUGCCAGAUCAUUCCUAACCAGGGCCAGGACAGAGAUGGGAUAUGCAGGUCUUGGGGUCAGUACCACUAUGAGACGUUCGAUGGCAGCUACUUCUACUACCCUGGAACCUGCUCCUACAUACUGGCCCAGGACUGCCGCUCAGCCACACCACAGUACACAGUGUGGGUCCAUAACAGCCGUGUGUGUGAGGGCAGUGUGUACUCCUGUCCCAGGGCUCUCAGUCUCUUCUUCCCCAACGAGGAGGAGAUCCACAUCUCUGGAUACCAAGUCCACCAGGGGGGUCGCAGGCUGAUCCUACCCCAGACAAUAGGAGGUGUGUUUAUAGAGCGUCUGGCUGACUACCUGCUGGUGAAGAGUGUGUUUGGCUUCUCUCUGGCGUGGGACGGGGGGAGCGGAGUAUAUCUGAAGAUGUCUGAACAGCACCAUGGCACUCCCUGUGGACUUUGUGGGAACUACAACAACCUGCCCAACGAUGACCUCACCACAGCCCGUGGUGUGCAGACAGAGGAGCCAGCAGUGUUUGCUAACAGCUGGUCAGUCGAUCUGCCCCAUGAAAGAGGCUGCCCUCUAGUGGACAUAGACUUCGCUGGACCCUGCCACUCUGAGUCUGACAUGGACGAUGCCAUAGAGAAGUGCAGUGCUCUCCUGUUCUUCCCCUUCCUGUCCUGUCAUGAGAACAUCGACCCAAACCCCUACGUGGCCAGCUGUGUCUCCGACCUCUGUGUGUCAGAUGAGGAGGAGACGUUUUGCCGUGCGCUGGUGGAGUACACACGAGCCUGCAGCCAUGUAGGAUACCCUGUACGAGAGUGGAGAGACAGCUUCCCUUCCUGCAAUGAUGGCUGUGAGGAGAGUUUUGUCCAUAGAGACUGUAUCAGCUGCUGCCCUCCAACCUGUACCUUUGAUAAGGAGUGUCUAGGAACUAACCUGCACUGUCUGGAUGGAUGCUACUGCCCUGAUGGGUUGAUUCUGCAGAAUGGGACGUGUAUCGCUGUGUCUCAGUGUCCUUGUGUCUACCACGGCACCUCAUACACACAGGGACACACUCUGGAGCAGGGCUGCAGUGUCUGUGUGUGUAUGGGGGGAGUGUGGAACUGCACGGACAACAACUGUACAGCUGAGUGUUCAGUAGUAGGUGACGUGUUUGUGACAUCGUUCGAUGGGAGGAUGUUCCUGCAGCCAGGAGCGUGUCAGUACGUCUUGGCCAAGAGCCGCAGCGGCAGCAGAUUCACUGUUACACUGCAGUAUACCACCUGCACAAAGGCCCAGCAGCAGGUGUGUAUCCAGUCAGUGACGGUGGUUCUGGAUGAAGAUGUUAAUCACCAGGUGACUCUGACCCGAGAGGGGGAAGUGCUUAUUGGGGUCAACCCUGCCCCCGCUUUGCCCUACACCGGUGAUGUAGUUGAGGUACGGAGGUUAACGUCAGUGUUCAUCCAGCUGAGGACGUUGCUUGGACUGCGUCUGCAAUAUGACGGGCGUGGUGGACGUGUCUAUCUACAGCUGGACAGCCAAUGGCGCAGCAACACCCUGGGCCUUUGUGGAACCUUCAACGGAAACCUGCGGGAUGACUUCCUGUCUCCAGCAGGGAUGAUAGAGGGGACCCCCCAGCUCCAUGCUAACUCCUGGAGAGUCUCAUCUGCUUGCUCCGCCCCCGUCAACCAGCCCAUAAUUGACCCCUGUGAGAUAAAUCAGCACAACGUGUUCUACGCCUCUCUGUGUGAGGUGUUGUUGGGCAGUGUGUUCUCUCCAUGCCAUGGUUACGUCAGUUCCAGUGUGUACCAGCAGCAGUGUCGCUACCAGGCCUGUCGCUGUGGUAACGCCUGUCUGUGUACGGCCUUGGCCCACUAUGCCUAUCUCUGCUCCAAACACAAUGUUACUGUCAACUACAGGGCCCACGUCUCAGAGUGUGGGAUGGUGUGUUUGGGUGGGAUGCUGUACCAGUCCUGUGUGUCAUCCUGCGGUGGAUCAUGCCGCUCCCUCUCCAGUGGAGAGACCUGUAACCAUGACGACUGUGCUGAGGGGUGUGGCUGCUCUGAGGGCAGUUACUACGACGACAUACAACAACUCUGCGUUCAGCCGUCGCAGUGUCAUUGUUACUCUAUUGGAGGGGUGUCCCAGCCAGGGGAGGUGUCCUUCCGCUCCACAGGCCCUUGCCUGUGCAGGAAUGGAAGGAUGGAGUGUGUACCAGAAGAAAGAGAGCCGGAGCGAGGCCAGUGUCCAGAGGGAAAGGUGUUCCACAGCUGCUCUGAGCCCCAGAGGUUACACGGGUUCCAGGGGUCGCUGGCCUGGCGAGGAGGUGUGGCCUGUGAGCUCACCUGUCGGAACCUGAUGUUGAAUCUGACCUGUCCUCCCACCACACCCUGCAUACCUGGCUGUGUCUGCCCACAAGGGCUGGUGCUGCACCGUGGAGAAUGUUACUACCCAGAGAACUGUCCCUGUGCCUGGCUGGGCCUGGAGUAUCUGCCAGGAGAGACUGUCGACACCCCCUGUUACAGAUGUGUGUGUCACCGGGGGUAUUUUAACUGUAGUCACAGUCCAUGUCCGGCUGUGUGUACGGUCUACAGUGACAGACACUACCACACCUUCGACGGCCUGGAGUACGACUACCACUCAGAAUGUCAGGUCUACCUACUCAAGAGUAUAGAUGGUGAGGUGUCCAUCGUGGCCCAGAAUAAGGAUUGUUAUCAGAGUGGGAUCAUCUGUAUGAAGAUGCUGGUCAUCCAUGUUGGAUUCACCAAGAUCUACUUCAACGACAACUCAGGCCAGCCUAGUCCAUCCAGUGUGGUAGGUAAGGGGUCCGAAUUUGAGCUGUGGUCAGCAGGCUACUACACAGCAAUCCACUUUCCCUACCAGGACCUAACCAUUCUCUGGGACCACAAGACUACCGUACACAUCAGAGUUGGACCACAUUGGAAGGGUCUCCUGAGUGGUCUGUGUGGGAACUUUGACAGUGUGACAGUGAAUGAUAUGACCACAUCCAGCCACAUGGAGGUCAGCAAUGCUCAGGGCUUCGGAGACAGCUGGGCCCUGGGACAGUGUGAGAGUGACUAUGUGGUGAAGAGAGCGUGUGAAGGAGACCUGGGUAGACAGCCGUACGCCAAGAGAGAGUGUGCUCUACUCUACAGUGAUGUCUUUACUCCCUGUCACAAUGUGGUGGAUGUCUCAUGGUUCUAUAUGAACUGCUUGACAGACACUUGUAACUGUAAUCGGGGCGGAGACUGUGAGUGUCUGUGUACGUCCAUCGCUGCCUAUGCACACACCUGCUGUCAACACGGUGUUACUGUGGUAUGGAGAAACCCCUCUGUCUGUCCCUAUGACUGUGAAUACUACAACCAAGAGUUAGGUGAAGGUCCAUUCUCAGUGGCCAGUGCUGUGUUUAAUGCUACAGUCUUCGGUGUGAACAGAACCAGUGGGUCAGUCUUUCCUCUAGUUAGGGAGUUCGUAGGUGGGCUGCCUCCCCCUGGACUACUCUUUAACUUCAUGAUCACAGCAGGACUACAGAAGGACCGCACAUCACGUCUCCCGGUGAUCUCUCUGGAGUCAGCGGAGCGUCCUAACUACUUCCUGGUUGUUUCGGACCGCGCUGGGCUGCGGUUGGAGCAGUGGACAAGAGGGGAGAAGUUUGGCCGCAGGGCUUCCUUCCUACAGCACCAGGGGCUGUUCCUGCCUGGCCACACCUCCUUAGAGCUGAUUGGUCAGCCGGGAGUGUUCCUGACUCUGACACGCACGUCUGCACGUGCUCAGAGAUACGACAACUCAGACAACUUCAAGACCAGCAGCUCCUUUACCCUGGAGGAGAGCAGUUUUGUGAUCCCGUUCCGUAUGAUGUGUGAGUGGCGCUACCAUGCAUGUGCCAGUCCUUGUGUUCGUACAUGCAGCGACCUCGCCGCAACACGCUGCCACUUCCUGCCCCCGGUGGAGGGCUGUUUCCCUCGCUGCCCCAAAAACAUGGUUCUUGAUGAGGUCACCAGGAGAUGUGUCUACACAGAGGACUGUGUGUCCCUUCCUCCCACUCCUACACCCUAUGCCUUCGUAAACCAAACAACCACCACCCCAACUACUACCACUACAGCCCCCACUACUACCACUACAGCCCCCACUACUACCACUACAGCUACUACUACUAUCACUACAGCCCUCACUACUACCACUACACCCCCGUACUCCUACCGUGUAGAUGAGUGUACAGAGCUGAUCUGUUUUAACGGGGAGCUGCUCCUCCAUAACUCCUCCCUCCACUGUCGGUACAACACCACUCCUCCUCGCUGCUCUCUGCUGGGCAUGGCUGUCCUCACCAACACCGACCCCUGCUGUCCACUCUGGCAGUGCCCCUGGCCUCUCUCCCUCUCUCAGAACCCUAGUGGUGGGACGUCAGGUUUGUGUUUUAAGAAGUUGAACAUCACCACUCCGUCCUACAGGAUUAUCAUCAACCGACUAGACCGCAAGGUGUCGGUGAACCACAUCAAGGCACGGCUGCCUUUCUCCCGCCAGGCUCUGUCAGUAGAGGACACAGGCAGCAUGUACCUGAUCACCACUCCUGAAGGAGUCAACAUACAGUGGUAUCACAGCACUGGCAUCAUGGUGCUGCAAUACACCGCCCCCUCCAACACAUCUGCUCCUACUAGAGGCCUCUGUGACCUUGAAGGGCCCCACAAACUGGGGGCUCACCUUCCGGCAGGGCAGGCAGUGCGGGAGGUUCCUGGUGGAGAGCCAGACGCGAUAACCAGGAUGGAACACGGGAGUCUCACUGCGGUGGCGAUCCACCUGCUCCUUCUGGUGAUGGACAGCAAGCUGGAGCCUCACCUGCUCGCUGGACUGAGGCCGGUACCCGGAUGGUGUUGUGACGGGAACCCGGCGGAUGACCUGAAGCUGCCUAACGGGACGGUGGUGAGGGAGGUGGCAGACCUGGGUCUGUUCCUGCAGGCCUGGAGGGUCCACACCUCAGAGGACACGGAACACACACGACGCAUCGGAGACAACUGUACCACUGGAGACUGCUCUACCUGUCUCUCCAUGCUCAGACAGAGACCCUUCACUCCCUGCCACAGCAAGGUGUCUCCAGAACAGUUCUGUGAUGUGAUGUGGGCAGGCGACCUCCACUAUAAGGCCCACCAGUGUGACUUCCUGGCAGCCUACGUAGCUGUCUGCUACACUUACCAAGUCUGCAUCAACUGGAGACGACACAACUUCUGCCCAUUGAGGUGUCCCCCAGGUAGGGAGUACCAGGCGUGUGUGUCGAUCUGUACUACCCGGACCUGUCAGAACAGAGAGUUCUAUGAGGAGACCACCUGCUCCCACAUCCGAGAAGAGUGUGUGUGUCGCUCUGGAACCAUCCUGCACCGAGCAGACUCCUCUUACUGCGUCACAGAGGAGCAGUGUGUGUGUACUGAUAACGAGGGGUCUCCGCGGGCCCCUGGGGAGGUGUGGAACGGGUCAUUGCGUAGCUGCUGUCUGUUCCGCUGCCUGGAGAACGGUUCUGUGGUAGCAGUAGAACCUGACUGUAGCAUUAGUCCCACUCUGCUGUGUGAGAGGGAGGGAGAGUACGUACUGGAUGUCCUGGAGGAGGCGGCUUGCUGCCCCAAGCAGAUUUGUGAAUGUAAUCUGACCAUCUGUGAGAGUGAGGCUCCGCCCUGUGAGAAUGGGAACCAGCUGGUGAUUGGUUACAGUGCCCUGUCCUGCUGCCCAGAGUACCGUUGUGAGUGCGACCCCCAUGCCUGCCCCCCCCUCACCACACCUGACUGUAGAGAAGAUCAGUUCCUAGUGGAGGUUCGUGAGGACAACUCCUGCUGUUACUCCUUCCUGUGUGUGUGUGAGUCGUGUAUCGAGCCCGUGCCGUCCUGUUCUUAUGGAGAGAUACUGGCUGUGGAUCUGAACACCACCCACAGCUGCUGCCCUCAAUACCACUGUGUGUGUGACGUGAACCUGUGUCCUGAGUCGACUCUGAGCUGUUCUCCUGGUCUGUCUCUGAUCCAAACAACCCUACCUGGACACUGCUGCCCCGACCGUCACUGUGAGUGCCAGUGUGAGGACAGCCCAGUCUGUCAGGUGGGGGAGGUACAGGUGGAGGUCGCAGACAGCAGAAGCACCUGUGGCUGCCCCCUCUACACCUGCAAGAAGGCGGAGGUGUGUGUGUUCCAGGGAGUCACGGUGCUGGGUCCGGGGCAGAGCCUGAUUCAGUACUAUGAAGGAGAGCUGUGUUACACCGUCCAUUGUCUGACACAUCGUGAUACACACACUGGAUACUACGCCAUGGACGUGUCCGCUGUCAACUGCUCUCAGAAGUGUGGCCAGCACCAGCUGUAUGUAGCAUCAUCAGAUCCCCAGGUGUGCUGUGGCUCCUGUAAGAAUGUGUCCUGUUCUUUCAACAAUCACAACGGAACCACUGAGCUCUUCGCUGCAGGGAGCUCCUGGGUGGAUAACUGUACCCGGUAUGAUUGUGUGGAGACGACAGUGGGAACUGUGAUGCUGGCCUCAGGGGUGGUCUGCCCCCCCUUCAAUGACACAGAGUGCACUCAGAAUGGGGGCGUGGUCCAGAGCUAUGUGGACGGCUGCUGCAGGAUGUGUAAGGAGGACGGCAAGACGUGUAAACGUGUGGCAAUCCGAACCACCAUCAGAAAAGACGACUGCAGGAGCAACGCACCGGUGACAGUGUUUUCAUGUGAUGGGAAGUGUCCAUCUGCCACCAUCUUUAACUUCAACAUCAACAGCCACGCCCGCUUCUGUAAGUGCUGCAGGGAGAGUGGACUACAAACCCGCUCCGUCACCCUGUACUGCUCACACAACGCUACCCUGGUGGUCUACAGCUUCCAGGAGCCUGUCGACUGCUCCUGCCAAUGGAACUAAAGAGAGAGUGAAGAUAGUCAGUGUGAGCUCAGUAUGGCGUUCAAUAGGAGGGAUGGAAGAUGGAACAGAGGUUAGAGGUCAGAGGUCAGAGUAGACAGGUCAAGCCUCCAUGUAGGCGAGUUCUUUAGUCUUCCUUCAGUGUGUUGUGGAGGGCUGUAUGCUGACCUGUUAUAGUGACCCUGUCGUUACAGAUAUGUAGUGGUCAGAUGUGCGGGCUGUAACCUGUUCCUGCUGUACUAUGAUAACACUAGUCCUAUCUGUACUGCUGUAGCCUGCUCCUCCUUGUGUGUAACACUAGCUAGUCCUCUCGGACUUUAUCAUGUUAAGAUCAGUUGGUCUGAGCUGACAAGACCGCUGCUGCUUUAGUAUGGAUCUAGUGCUCUCUUGAUGACUGACAUGUUUUAUAUGCCAAUCAAAUUUCUCUUACAAAAUAGUAUUUUUUUUUACAAGUAAAGCUUUUAUCCAAAAAUAUUUGUAUUUAACUCAAUCAAUUAUUUAGUAAGGUGAUAAUCCACCUGAGCAUCUGAUGGUAGAUGAUCUGUAUUUCAACAAAACGCUGUAUUUGCUGUGUUGUUUAAUGUGAAGCAUUGUGACAGUAAUCAGUAUGUGCUGAUGCCAUCAGAUAGACUAGAAUCUCUAGUCAUACAGAACCUCUCAGAAUAAAACAAUAAAACAUUUAA